AGCCCCGGCUCCGGCUGCAGGGGAGGAGGCGGCUGCCGGCGCUCGCCCUCCGCCUUUCUCCAUCCCUGCAUCCCUCCGUCCCUCCCUCCCCCGCCAUGCUGAGCCCCCGCUGAGCCCCCCGCGCCCCGGGGACCCGCCAUCCCCAGGGUGCCCAGAACCGCCACCCUCCCCGCACCCCGCCGGGGCCUUCAGCCUCUGCUUCCUUCCUUCCUCCUCCUCCUCCGCCUCCUCCUCCUCCCCCCACCCCGCAGCCACCACCCUCCCUCCCUCCUUCCCCAGGGCCUGCCUGGCAUGGAGGUGCUGGCCGCAGGGAGCCGGGUGCUUCCCGCGGGCUGCAUCCCUCCUGCCCCGCAUCCCUGUGCCCGCAUCCCCCGUGCCCCGCAUCCCCCCGCCCCGGCGCAGCCCUGAGCCGCUCGGCAGCCUCCUCCUUUGUGCGGCGGAGCGGCUGUGCGGGCUCCGGCCCCCACCCCGCACCCCCCGGCUCGGGGGUGGCCCGCGGGCGAGCGGGAGAGAUGCUGCCCUCGCCGGAGGAGCCCAGCGCGGGAGGUCGGCGGCCAGAAGCAGCGCCCGGCACCGCCCGACGCUGACACCCCCCUGAGGAUUGCCGGAUCCCCUCGAGGACUGUCGGAUCCCCCUUCCAUCCCGGGCCGUCCCCACGCCAUGUCCCGGCGGAGCCGCCACCCCUCUGCCGGGGGCUCCCCGGCGUCCCCCGCGUGUCCCCGGAGCGUCUGCGCCGCGCCAUGAGCGGGGCCCCGCGGGUGCCCCGCGCCGGGGAGCAGAGCUGAGCGAUGGCCUCGCUGGACCUGCCGUACCGGUGUCCGCGCUGCGGCGAGCACAAGCGCUUCCGCAGCCUGUCCUCGCUGCGUGCACACCUGGAGUACAACCACACCUACGAGACCCUCUACGUGCUCUCCAAGACCAACAGCAUCUGCGAUGCCGCCGUCUUCCCGCUGGCCGCCGACGGGGCCCUGCUGACCCCGGCCGCCCGCAGGGACUACUUUGAGAGCACCUCCUUCCAGGGCAAGGACCAGCGCUUCUCCUGCGACCUGGUCCCCGCCGACGAGCUGGAGCCGGCCCCGUCCUCGUCGCCCUCGCCCCGCUAUGUCCACGAGAUCGAGAUCCCGCUGACCGAGAUCUUCACCCGGGGCAAGGCCGUGGCGCCCGCGCCCGCCCCGCCAGCCACCAUGGACACGGCCUACGAGGAGGGCCUGGCCCGCCUGAAGAUCCGUGCCUUCGAGAAGCUGGAGGUGGACAAGCGGCUGGAGAAGCUGACGGAGGAGGUGGAGCAGAAGAUCGCCUCGCAGGUGGGCCGGCUCCAGGUGGAGCUGGACCGCAAGAGCUCAGAGCUGGAGAAGGCCAAGCAGGAGAGCCUGCGGCUGAGCCGGGAGAAGCAGGAGCUGGAGGACCGGGCGUCAGAGCUGUCCCGCCAGGUGGACGUCAGCGUGGAGAUGCUGGCGUCCCUCAAGCAGGACCUGGUGCAGAAGGAGCAGGAGCUCACUCGGAAGCAGCAGGAGGUGCUGCAGAUCGACCAGUUCCUGAAGGAGACGGCGGCGCGGGAGGCCAACGCCAAGGUGCGGCUGCAGCACUUCAUCGAGGAGCUGCUGGACCGCGCCGACCGCGCCGAGAAGCAGCUCCAGAUCAUCAGCAGCAGCUGCGGCACCACCCCCAACGGGAGCCUGGGGCGCUGCGGCACCCCGGCCACCAAGGCCAUCGCCCGACCGGUACCUCUGCGGGCACAGAGAGAGCGGCACCCGGGGCCGGGGGUGGCCGUGCACGGUCCCUACGGCGUGUCCAACCAGCGCUCCUCCUCCAGCACCGGGGCCUCGAGCCGGGCCAAGGCCGUGUCGCAGAGCUCGGGGUGCUACGACAGCGACAGCGCGGAGCCGUGUCCCACGGACGACACGGCCGACGGACACCCGUACGCGGCCCGGGACGGUGCGCGGGGCUCGGGGCUGCGCCGCCAGGCCAUCCAGAACUGGCACCGCCGGCCCUACCGCAACAGCACCGAGGGCGAGGAGGGCGACGUGUCCGACGUGGGCUCCCGCACCACCGAGUCGGAGGCCGAGGGCUGGGAGCCGGAGGCACCGGGAUCCGCCGUGUCCCGGCCCCCUGGCAGCUGCCGGCUGACGGUGGCCACCGAUGCCGGGUGUCCCACAGGCAGGCCCGAGGGGGCCGGGGGCAAGGUGUGCCGGCUGGAGCGGGGCAGCCCGGGCCACUCCAGCGAGGUCAUCAGCCCCGAGAUCCUCAAGAUGCGAGCGGCCCUCUUCUGCAUCUUCACCUACCUGGACACCAAGACCCUGCUGCGCGCGGCCGAGGUGUGCAAGGACUGGAAGUUCGUGGCCCGGCACCCGGCCGUGUGGACACGGGUGCUGCUGGAGAACGCCAGGGUGUCCUCCAAGUUCCUGGCCAUGCUGUCCCAGUGGUGCACACAGAUGCAUUCCCUCACCCUCCAAAACCUGAAGCCGCGCCAGCGGGGCAAGAAGGAGAGCAAGGAGGAUUACAUGAAGAGCACGCGGGGCUGCCUGGAAGCGGGGCUGGAGUCGCUGCUGAAGGCGACGGGCAGCAACCUGCUGAUCCUGCGCAUCUCGCACUGCCCCAACGUGCUGACCGACCGCUCGCUCUGGCUGGCCAGCUGCUACUGCCGGGCCCUGCAGGCGGUCACCUACCGGAGCUCCACGGACCCCGUGGGCCAUGAAGUCAUCUGGGCCCUUGGAGCAGGCUGCAGGGACAUCAUCUCCCUCCAGGUCGCACCCCUGCAUCCCUGCCAGCAGCCGACGCGCUUCAGCAACCGCUGCCUGCAGAUGAUCGGGCGCUGCUGGCCGCACCUGCGGGCGCUCGGCGUCGGAGGGGCCGGCUGCGGCGUGCAGGGACUGGCGUCCUUAGCCCGGAACUGCAUGAGGCUGCAGGUGCUGGAGCUGGACCACGUGGCUGAGAUCAACCAGGAGGUGGCUGCCGAGGUGUGUCGGGAGGGGCUGAAGGGGCUGGAGAUGCUGGUGCUGACGUCCACCCCGGUGACCCCCAAAGCCCUGCUGCACUUCAACAGUGUGUGCCGGAACCUGAAGUCCAUCGUGGUGCAGGUGGGGAUUGUGGACUACUUCAAGGAGCCCCACAGCCCCGAAGCCAGGAAGAUGUUUGAAGAAAUGGUGAACAAACUCCAGGCCCUGAGGAAAAGACCCGGCUUCUCCAAGAUUUUACACAUCAAGGUGGAAGGAGGCUGUUAGCCCUUCAGGGAACCCAAAGCACAUUCCCUGCUCUGCCCAGCGGAGUCCGAGGCCCCUGAGACCAAACCCAGCGUGGGCCGCUCCUCCGCGGCCGGGGCCGGAGCAGGGACCCCCCGGCUCGUGCACAAGGAACCCCAAACUCUCGCAGGCUUCGGGACCGGCAGCCGGGGCCAUCCCGGGGCCACUCGCGGGCAAGAAGGUGCUACUUAAGGACAUUUUUUGGCUGCCCCAAGAGCCAGGGCCAGGCUCUCUCCCAGGAGGGAAGAUGGCAUUGAACCCCUGCGGCUGCUCCUCGCCACGGAUCCGCGUUUGGGGAUGGCUGUUCCGUCGAACUCUGUUUUGGGGGAUCUCUGCCCAUUUGGGGCUGGCUCGGCCCGUUCCGGGGGCUCUUGGCGCCGCUGCAGCCCGGCCUCUCCGUGGGAUGAUGGAGGUGGGGUGGGAAGGGUCUGCUCCUCCCCAGGAAUCAGUGCCCGGCCUUCCCGCGGGGUUUCCGCUCGUUUCCAUUCCGUGUUUGACAGAGGGAACGCCCCCAGAAACCAGCAGCCCCCGCAGCACAAGCCCGAGGGCAGAGCUGCUCCUCGGGGGCUUUGAGAGGACGCCAGGAGAGAUGGGCGCUCUUCCAGAGGUCUCUGGCCUCACUUCCUCUCCACCAAAACCCUCCUGCCAAGGCAAUAAACCAUCUCCAAAAUCCUCGUCCACCAGGAACACGGGUCACGCUCCUGUCCCCACCACCAGGACUCUGUCCGGGGUCACUUGUCCCAUGUGGAGAGAGAGACUGGCACGGGACACCCACGUUUGCCAUCCCAUCGCCUUCCCGAGCAGCCUGAAGGAGAAACCCUGGCCAGAUUAUCCUGAAAUCAUCCUGGGGAAAGCACCAACCAACAGCCCUGGCUGACCCUUGUCUACGGCCACCAUUGUCUGUUUCUGAGUUUUCUUCCGAGUGUCCUCUGCCUGCAAGGGCAUCAUCAUCCCCAAAAUACCCUUUUUCCAUAGGAAAAGGUUUUGGAAAGGCAUCCAGCAGGGUCAGGCAUCUCCAUCCUCCCCCCUGGGGGAAAGUCCCAGGAGGUGUCCCUGGAGCUGGGGACACCCAUCAGAGCACUGCCAGCAGUGGGGACACCCCGGCCUUGCCCAUAGCCCCAGCCCGUGUCCUUGGACCCACCAGGCUGAGCAGAGAGGAACCGACUGGGAAAGUGGAUUUGAGGCUUUUCCCUCUUCUGUGGACCAGCGCUGGAGGUUUUGGUGCCCGUUGGCCGGAGUGGCUGUGGGGAGACCCCUCCCAGCGCCUGUCCCCUCCCCAGCCCUCCCGGAGCCAGGCUGCAGAUCCAGCACCACAUUCCUCAUCCAUGGCACAAGAGCUGCUGACCUCAGCUGGGGCUGCCAGACAGCCCGUGGGGAUCCCCAGACGAAGGAAAAUCACCCCCAAAUCGCUGAGGCUGGUGGGGCUCUGGAGGCAGCUCCUGCAUCUCCACCCCACCUCAGGAGACCCUUCACCCACCCUUCAUCCCACCUGCACUGUCUGCUCUCAAACAGUCAGGGUUUUGUGGCCAUAACCCCGAGGGAAGCGCCUCUGCUCCCCCUCCUGGUGCAGCUUUCAGGAGAAGGCUGCUCCCUGAAUGCACAAAAUGUGGGAGCCCGAAAAUGCCUGCGAGAAACUCCUGCAUCCCACCCCGUCCCCACGGCUGAGCUCCCCGGCACCGGGAGCAGCUCCCUGCCGUGCCCACCGUGGGUUUACCUCCAUCCCGGGGAGGCUGGGACACUCCUAACCCAGGGGCAAGAGGAGCAAGGGAUGCCCCAACCAGCAAAAAACCACCCAGCAAAGCUACAACCCCCGGGGACCAUCCGGCCCCGUCCCGGAGCGUGGCCCAGCGGAGAUGUCACCACCACAGUGCAGGGACUUGCAAAAUUCCCUUAAAAACAAAAAACAAAAACAAAAACAAAGUAAGUAUUUAUUUCUAUAAAGAGAAGAAGGAAAAAAAAAGAUUUUAAAGGAAAAUUAUAUACUCAGCAUGUUUAUACACUCUAUGCUUAAAGACUCUUGUGGCCCAAGCCUGGAGAUGGCUGCUCCGGGUUUUUCGGUGCCUGGACCCUGUCUCGGCUCCUCGGGGCCGAGGGGAAGGCGAGGAUGAGGUGAUGGAAAGAGGGGAGGUGUUGAGGAUUCUCAGAGAAACCUUCCAUGCCAGCGGUGGCCGUGUGUGUGGUGGUGUUGGGGCGUGGGUGGCUCUGUGACAUGCCCAGCCCCGCUGCCACCAGGGCUCUGGAAGUCACUGCAGGACCCUCAGCUGCAUUCGGUGCUUUGGUGCAUCCCCAAACCAGAUCAAACCGUCGCCUCCCCUUGGGGCAUUCCCCAAGAACCCAUCUCAGCAAAGCCACCUUUCUACAAAAUCCUCUGAUGACACAAGGCCUUGAGCAGGUUCAAGGAUUGGAAGAUGGGAAGUGGGGGUUUCUCCCUUUUUUACUGGGGCUUGAAUGGAUGCCUUCCUCCUCCUCCUCCUCCUCCUCAGCUGGGGAUGAAGGCAGCUGGCACUGACAGGAGUGGUGGGAACGAGGGCUCUCCUGGUGGCUCCUAAUUGCCUGACUUGUUAACGAGCUCAUUAACGGCUCUGAAAUGUCAGAUGGAUCCUGCCCUGCUGCUUUCCCCCCUCCUGCUGGCGCGUGGCCCCUGCUGGCUCCGGCCACGCUGCCCACGGCCGUGGAGCCACCGCCUCGGUCACGGAGCUUCUGGAAGUGAUGGGAACACAGAAAUACCAAAUUUCCUGGGAAAGCCUUGAAAUCGCACAGCACGUUCAGCUCAGCCCCGUAUGAGAAGUGCCAGAGGGGCUCUGCGAUGACAAUCCCCAGUAAAAUCCAUGGAUCCGGGAGAGGAUCGGGGUCACAGGGAUGGCCAGAGCUGGCAGAGGUUGGAUGGACAGUGGUUCUGAGCCUGGCUCCUGAAGGACCAGUUUGGAGGAGAUUAAUUCUUUUUCUAACGAGUUUCCCCAAAGUUUCCACAUGGCUGACAUUCCCAGCAUUCCCCUUCGCCUGAAUUUGGGUGCUGGUCAGGGAUUUCAAGAGGAACAACAUCACCAAAGCCAGCUCGGGGGCCAAAUCUAUCCUAAAUCCGUGGUUUUGCGUCUCCCUCAUGUAGGAUUUCACUCGUCCUCCAACGCUCCGAGCCCCCAGGAGCCAGGAAUGCUCUGGGGAUCAGCUGCCUCCUCCUGCCUUAUCCCUCUGGUCUGGGGCUCCAGGGUGUCAGGGAUUGAGGGAAAUGGGAACCCCCAAUUUGACGCUGUCCAAGCAGGAUUUUAAACCUCUUUAUCCCAGUUCUUGACGUGUGUCCUGGUCCCUGCUGCCACCAAGGGCACAGCCACGGCAGGGGCUUGGCUGGAUCCUCCAGAAGAGCCUGGAUUUAGGGAAAACAGAACAAAAAAAAACCCCAGAAGUGUUGGUGAAGGCUCCUGAAGUGGCUAACAAAUGUUUUCCUUCAGCUCUUAGGGGAGGCCCCAGCCCAGGAGCUGGAGCAUUGCUUCAUCCUCAUUUUGGGGUGAGAAACAGCAGCUUGGGGUGGAGCAAAACCAUUUGGGAAUUGGUGCCAAAUGAGAAAAUGCUUUAAAAGGGAGAAAGUCCCAGGGAGCAGGGAGAUUUUGGGAAGCAGAGACGGUUUGUUGUGACUGAAGCAUUGCAGGGUGUUGUGAGGUGGUGAUGGGCCUUCCCCAUGAGCGGGAGGCAAAAUAAUCCCCAGGGAGGGUGGGAGAGCACUGAGGAAAAGCUGCAGCAGCAGCGAGGAGGGAAAACUGCCCAAAAGCAAGGAAAAAAAGGGAUUUUCUAAUGCAGCCUCGGGAUUGAGCCCCGUGGAGGGCAACGAGGCAGGUUGGGGCCGGGGACAAGUGGGUGCAAUGGUGUGGGGCAGUUUUUGGGAAGCGAAGGGGUGAUGCACAGUUGCUUUGAGAUAAUCAGAGGAGAUAAUCAGUGCAGAGAAUAGAGAUAUAUCGAUGCAGGAGCUGGAAUCAUUCCCUAAAGCCCUGCACGGUGGCAGCAGCUCUGUGAGCGGAGCCCGAGGGGCCCUGUACAGCGACCUCCCCUCCCCAAAGGUUCCCGUGGCCUCCCAAGUUAUUUUUUUAACUCUAUAUAAAUUUAGGUCUAUUUUAGUCUUUCCGCAGCAAUGUGCCAGUGUCUGGAGAACCAAACAUCCCUUUUCCCCCCCCAUCCCGUGGUCCCUUGAUGCUAAACCGGGCUCUUGGGGCGAGGUCUGCUGGAGAUGAUGUCCUGGAAGGGGGGAGCGCUGGGACGGGGCUGCAGCCGGGCAUGGGCACGGGAGGCUCCGGGGGUGUGGUGGGAGCAGGGCCCAGCUCCGGCCAGGAGUCCGUGUUUUUAGCACUUUGGUUGGAACUCUCACCUGUAGACGCACUUUGAUGUUGUUGCUUUGAAACUUUGGCAAGUGUAAACAAUGUGUAUUUAAAGAAUUACAGAGAAACAACCCCCAGCGAAGCGUGUAAAGAGCUAUUUUAUGAUUCAGUGUUGAAUAAAGACUCUGGAGAUCGA